AUGGAUGUCUUUUAAGCUUUAAAUUGGAAAUAAGUUAGAAAUAAGUAGAACAAAAGAUAAUUUAAACUUUAAAUAUUGGGUAGAGCCCAAUUAAAAAGGGAAGAAUAAAAGCAAGACUCUGUUUAGUAUUUUACGAUUAAGGAUUAUAAUUUAUAACCAAAUAUUCAAAGAUAUACACCACAAGGAUGCUUGCAAUUCUAAAGCAAAAGCAAUAAUAAAAGUUUGAUAGAUACGUCAGUUCACUUUGCAAGUGAUAAUGAACAAUCUAGAACACGAACUCCUGAUAUUCGAGUCUUGAAGAGGAAGCAGAACGGGAAGGUUAUAUUUUAGACAAUUCCAAAGAUGAGAUUUCCAUAAUAGCAGAUCACAUGUAAAAUUGAUUAAAACCUUGUAAUUUAAAAAUUGCAAUUAUAAACUCAAUAAACUGUGAGGAAGGGUUUGUUCUUUUCAGAGAGAAAUGGCAAAAGAAAGUGA